AUGUACACUUCAACAAGAGCUACUACCCCGCAAUCCCUCUCCUUUGAGGAGGUCGUCAUGACGGGCUUGGCCCCAGAUGGUGGCCUCUACUUACCCUCAUCCAUCCCGAAAAUCCCCAUCGCUGACUGGUCCUCCCUCUCCUUCCAGGACCUCGCUUUUCAAAUUAUGAGACUAUACAUCCCCUCCUCAGAAAUCCCAGACUCUCACCUCUCAUCCUUAAUCUCAAAGUCUUAUGCUUCCUUCAAAUCGGACGAAAUCACCCCCUUAUACAACGUCAACGAAAACUUGUACCUCCUAGAAUUAUUCCAUGGCCCAACUUACGCUUUCAAAGAUGUCGCCCUCCAGUUCGUCGGUAACUUGUUCGAAUACUUUCUCCAAAGAAAAAAAUCAAACCCAAUCACCGUCGUCGGCGCUACUUCAGGUGAUACUGGCUCAGCUGCUAUCUACGGCUUGCGUGCCAAAAAGGACGUCAAGGUCUUCAUCUUGUAUCCAACAGGAAGAAUCUCCCCUAUCCAAGAACUACAAAUGUCAACCGUCCCUGAUGAAAACGUCCACGCCUUAUCCGUAAACGGCACUUUCGACGAUUGCCAGGAUAUAGUAAAGGCUAUCUUUGCUGAUAAGUCGUUCGCAAGUUACAACGUCGCCGCGGUAAACUCUAUAAACUGGGCAAGAAUCCUCGCCCAAAUAACUUACUACUUCUACGCUUUCUACAGAGUAAAGGGUACAGUUAGGUUCGUCGUCCCUUCAGGUAAUUUCGGCGAUAUCCUCGCAGGCUACUUUGCCUACAGAAUGGGUCUCCCCAUAGAUAAACUCAUCAUCGCUACAAACGAAAAUGACAUCCUCGACAGAUUCUUGAAAUCGGGCGUAUAUGCAAAGGGCUCGUCUGUAAAGUCCACUCACUCACCGGCUAUGGAUAUCCUCGUGUCUUCAAACUUUGAAAGAUUGCUCUGGUAUUUGGCAGAGGGCUCGGACCUGGAAAGGGGGGGAACUGUGUGCUCCUACAUGGACCUGUUGAAAAGGGAGGGUUCCUUCUCGGUACCAAACUCGGUCCUCCUGCAAGCAAGAGAAAUAUUCGAUUCCUCCUCAGUCACAAACGAUGCAACUAUCGCCACUAUCAAAAAGUUCUAUGCCUCCCACAAGUAUGUCAUUGACCCUCACACUGCUGUCGGCGUAAACACCGCCUUGCGCUUCCUUGAAAAUCACCCGGCUACCUACAUAUCCUUGUCAACUGCUCACCCGGCAAAAUUCUCAGAACCAGUAAACAAGGCUCUUGCCCUGUUUCCAGAAUACUCGUUUGACAAAAUCAUCCCGGACGACCUCAAAAGGUUACUGUCUUUGAAAAAGAGAGUCACUUACGUAGAUGCCUCCCUUGAGGCUGUAGAAAACGCAAUCAAACAUCUCUACUAA